GUGCGCAUUCGUAUACAGUUGCGUUUUUUACGCGCACGGUUUAUAUCUUAAACUAACUCUUAAAUAAGUUAGUUCUCCUGCUUUUAGUGACAACAGCAUAAACAUGGGAUAUUCAAAUUGUUUGUUUCUUGCGGGAUUUAUGCUGGGCUGUCUAGAUUUCACAACAGCAGGCUCAGCGUAUUCACUGGUGGUAGCAUUUGAUAUUGGAACAUCGUACAGCGGCUACGCAUUUUCCUUCCGAAACGAUUCUCUGAAUAUAACUUAUGCAGACUUGGAUCACCAAUCACCGAAGACACUUAGCAGUGUCCUCCUCACACCGCGUAGAGAAUUCCAUUCAUUUGGUACUCAAGCAGAAAAUAAGUACCAGGAGCUUGCAGAGGACUUCAGCAACAAUGAGUGGCUUCUUUUUAGAGGUUUCAAGAUGGUUCUUCAAAAUGACACGAAAAUAACACGAUCAACAACAGUAGAAGAUAUUAAUGGUGUGUCUGUGCCCGCAAUAUCGAUAUUUACUAUGUCGAUCCGCUUCUUGAAGAAUCACUUUUUGAACAAAGUAACCAAACAAUUUCCUGGUUUGGAAGAAAAUGAUAUUAGAUAUGUUCUUACAGUGCCUGCAAUCUGGGGUGACACGGCCAAAUCGUUUAUGCGGAAGGCAGCAGUAGAAGCAGGUAUAUGGAAUUCUAAUCUAAAGCUUGCCCUAGAGUCCGAGGAAGCUUUUAUUGGAUGGCAGACUGUGAUGGCUGGCAAAGAAGCAGCUCUUUCUAAACCUGGGGCACGGUUUAUGGUACUGGACCUUGGAGGUGGUAUUGUAGAAAGUUCUGUUCAGGAAAUACAGCAGGAGCAGGAUAAGACCACUUUGAAAGUGGUACACAAAGCCAGUGGUGGACCAUGGGGAGGAAACACUGUUAACAACAAUUUCUUGCAGUUACUGACCAAUUUGUUUAGCCGACCCGUAAUGGAGCGUUUCAAAAAAGAUAACAUGGCUGACUUUCUAGAACUGGAGAAGGAAUUCGAGCAGAAGAAACGACACUUAGCGGCAAAAGGUGAUGGUAAUAUUAAUUUUUAUGGUCUGGCAUCGCUGGUUGACAUUUAUAAUAGUAAAGUUGAACAAACAACUUUGAGAGAAAAGAUCGCUGCAAUGGGGUUUAGUGAGAGAAUAUCAUAUAAUUUAACUAGCAGUGUGCUAAAAGUUGAUAAAUCUGUUAUCAAGGAGUUGUUUUCUUCCCCACUGGGAAACAUUAUUUCCUUUGUUAAGAACAUAACCGGUGAACCGGGUAUGCAGUCUGUUAAGACUAUGAUAGUUCUUGGUGGAUUCGGAAAAAGUGAAAUUGUUAGAGAUGAAUUGCAAAAACAGAUAACAGGUUUACAAAUCAUCACACCAAAAGAUGCGGAUGUAGUUGUUCUUAACGGAACCGUUCUGUUUGGACAUACUCCUGAUUGCAUUAUUGCUCGUGUCAUGACCUACACAUACGGUGUAAGAGUGAUGGAGAAUUUCAAUGCAAACAUCCAUCCAAUAGAGAAAAUGGUCAAGAUUGGUGAAAAAGAGAUGGUUGAUGAUAUAUUUGAUGUACUAGUGCAUGUUGAUGAAGAAGUCAAAGUUGGCCAAGAAAUAAAAAGAGAUUUUCUCAAUGAAAUCAAUGUUCAGAAGAAAGGUCUAUUCAUUUAUAAAUCAACCGAACGCGAUCCAGAUUACGUGACGGGAAAGGGAUGUUCUCUUCUCGGCGAAGUCCUUCUUGAUAAAGAGGGAAACAUUUCUAACGAUGGCAGGGCUGAUGUUACAUUUGUGUUUGGAGAUACUGAACUAAGUGUGAAGGUACGCAGCAAGACAAGACUGACCAUGAAAUACAUUACCACUUUAUACUGAACACUUUGUAGCGAUAGGUGCUUGUAAAUACAUGAAACAAAAAUGUCUUAUUUUAA